GGAGACGCCGAACGCCCGCCUGGGAGGCGCGGGCAGGGCGGCACGGCCUGCCGCUCCUGCUCGCCCACCGCGGGGCUCCGUCUCCCCUCUGCUGCUGCUGCUGCUUCAACCGGGGCUGAGGGACAGGUCCGUCUGCUGGGCCAACGGUCGCCCGCCGCGAGCACCACCGGCCCAACGACUAACGGCCGCGCCGAGAAGCGCCGUUGGCGGCGCGCGAACCCCCGCCCUGUCACAGACCCGAGCCUGGGUGUGGGUCUGUGUGGAAUGGCGGAACCUGGAAACACCCGUAACUAUCGAGGUUUUCCGCCAUCGCAGGGCGCCCAACGUCCCCCCCUCUACUUAAGGAGCACCUCCCGUCGCUGCCACCAGGGAAUAAGCGCCUAGGGCGGCAGCAGUCGCCAACAGGAAGUCGCUCUCCGCGCACUUCGAGAACGGGACGGCCUUACGCCCCGCCAGCAUCUUAGGCCCCGCCCGGCGCCCUCCGCUCGCCCCAUCUCCACCGUCGGCAGCGCGGGGCGGGGGCCGCCGGCGCAUGCGCAGCCGCGCGGGGUUUCCGGUAACGGUGCGGGCGCCGGUCGUGCGGAGGGACGGAUGGACGGCGAAGCGGCGGCGGCGGUUGUUGGUGUGUGGCGCGCGGCUGUGGCGGCGUUGCUGCCCUGCCUGCUGGUCGCGCUGCCCCUACGCUGCGCAGGCCAAACUAAUCUGAAGAGUCCACAGGAUAUUCAGGUCUAUGUUGUAAAUACAAAUUUCACUCUAAGGUGGAAGUACACUGGGAAUGACACCAAUGUAACAUUUUCAGCAGAAUACCAGUGGUUUGAAGACUUUAUGACAGAUGGAACAGAAUGGAAGGAGUUGCCUGGGUGUCAAAAAGUUACUCACAUGGAAUGUGACUUUUCCUCAGCAAUAACCGAAUACUAUGAUAAACAUCAUGUGCGUUUAAGGACCGAAAGAAGGGAAGAAGUGUCUCCAUGGUCUAGCAUUUUUGAAAUGACUCCGUAUGAUAUAGCUCAGAUCAGUGCCCCAGGAAUAGAGUUGCAGUCCAUAAAUGGAGUUAUAAAAAUUAAGAUUUCUCCUCCAGAAGCAAAUCAGGUCCAAAAAAUGUGGAUAGAUGAUACAAGUUUUAAAUAUAAUCUAGUUAUCUGGGAAAAUUCAUCAAAUGCAGAGUUGAGAAAUCAAAGUAUUUUUCCUACUGACAUAAUUGAUGGUCUUGCACCAGACACUACUUACUGUUUGAAAGUUCAAGCAACUUACCCUUCGGACGCUAAAGAAGGCUUAUUCAGUCCCGUUCAUUGUGUAAAAACUACUCGUAAAGCAAAUGUCCUAUUCUGUGCAACAAACGUGAGCAUUCUUGCUUUGAAUAUGAAAUUUCAUCUGCAUUGGAAUAAUUGGUAUAAACAACAUGUGAGCUACAAUGUACAGUAUCUCGGUGCAUAUCUAAAGAAACUUUAUGAUGAUUACUCAACGAAGUGGCUCAAUGUACCCGGAUGUGAAAACAUCACUGAUACACAAUGCAAUUUGUCAUCUAUCAUCACUACUGUUUCUGGAAUUUUUUAUCUUCGUGUGCAGGCCACGAAUGAAUAUAAUAAAUCAUGUUUGUCUAAUGAAGUAAAAGUAGAUCCUCUGGUAACAAAUGAAAUUGGCCCUCCUGGUGUAAAGGUGGACAUCAGUGAUGUUUUGCUUCAUAUCCAGAUUUAUCCUCCAGGAGGAUCUGAAAGUGAAGUCAUGAGUAACCAUUAUGACUUGUCUUACCGGGUUCUGUAUUGGAAGAAUUCAUCGAAUAAUGAGGAGAAAAUCAAAAUGAAAGAGAUAAAACAAACAAUAGGAACAAUCUCUGAUCUAGCACCCUCAACUUUGUACUGUGUGAAAGUACAAGCAUUCUCAAAAGCUUACAACAAAAGCGGUCAUUUCAGCAAAGAGGAAUGCAUCAAAACACCUGGAGAUGAAAUUUUACCUCUGACCAUUUUAGCAACAUUUUUAACUGCCCUGAUUGCUGUCUUGCUUGUGGCUGCACCACUUGUUUUUGCCCUGUAUCAAGCCUACAAUAAAAUCAAAUAUGUGUUCUUUCCAUCAUGCCAGCCUCCUUUGAACAUAGAGGGUUUUGGAGGACAGCUCUUUGACAGUCCUUGUCUGUCAACUACAGAAGAACCAAUAGAAAAUUGUUCUAUAAUUGAGACUAUCAUCACAGAAGAACUAAAUCAAAUUGAUUUUAAAGACUACAAACAUUCUAAACAGAGCAGUCGAGAUUCAGGGAAUUAUUCUAAUGAUGACGAUACUUCAGGGAGCAAAGUGUCGGAAGAAAUGCUAGAAAAGGAAAUAGUAUAACUUUUGAGAAAAUAAAAUUCAUAUAUGGGACUGUCAAUGUAAUAAACACUUAAAACUUUUUUAUUAUGAAAGUUGCAGCCUAAGGAAGACAGUGUGACUUUGGGAUCUUUGUCUUCAAGUUUCCAAAUCUGCACUUUGUUAGUGGAAAGUUACAUACCCUCUCUGCUGCAAGCUGACUGAAGUUAAAACAGUUGACUCCUCGUACCUUACACCACCGUGACUUUUCAUCAUAUGAUAAAAAGAAUACCAUGUGCAUACAGAGGAGCAGAAUCUGUACGCUUUUUAUACUUGAACCUGAUAACCUCAGGGAAAGCCUACUCUGUUCUACAAGAAGAGCUGCUCGCUGUCUUAGAGGUUUGUCUUGAAUGCCAGUGUACUGUGACAGAAAGCCUUACAUUCCAGCGUUGAAUCUUACAGUGUUUACACAGGCAGAAGGGAAGUGAUGCCAGAUACAGUAUUAAAUACUCUUCUGAUAUUCUCUUUCAACCCCCUUAGGGGCAGUGCUUUUUGUUUCAGCGGGUCCAGACCGAAAGAUGCAAAGAGACAACAGUAGCCUCAGUGAGGCUCCUCUGAGCCUCGUUGGAGAAUUCUUUGUGGCCGUGGCUGCCGGAUGCUCCCAACGCUCACUUGCUUGUUCGUGUAUCUGUGUCCCUGUGUCAGGGUGCUCUUCUCCUACAGCAACUACGGGGAGGGGAAGAGGCAAGAAGGUCUGUUUCACUUUACUAUAAAGAAGAAUUUCAUAGUGGAAGGUCUUUGUAAAUAGAGGUUGGGUCAAAUUGUUUUGCACUGCAUUUACGAUAAAAAGCAACAAAUGUACACUGUAAGAAGAAACUAAAUAAUAUUGUUUACUUUAAUGACAAGGCAUGUUAAGAGGUGUAUUCUUGAUUACUUUUUUCCCCCAUGGCUAAAUAACCAGAAGUGUAAAAUAUUUACUUCUAAUUGAAUUGUAUUUAGAAAUGUGAAUCGCUUUUAACAAGGAAGAAAUUUAUUUCUGUAAUUAGAAGGACCCAGGUUGAAUUUAGAAAAUGCCUUUUUAACAAAUGGUGAAGAUGCUUGUCAUUCAGAGCUUUUUUUUCAGCUUAAUCACAUUUUGCCAGCAGACUUUUCUUUGUAUAAGGAUACGCUGCAAUAAUGUUUCAAUUUGUGUGCCACUUUCUUCUUACGACAUCUUUUUUAAAGAUGCUUAUUUUUUUUAUGAAGAAAUUGAUUUAGACUAAACUGGUUUUGAGCUUUGUGGCCUGUUGUUUAUUGUAACAAGCAACCGUUGGUGUUUAUAUAUAAUUUUUUUAAUUUUGACGAUGAGGUCUAAUUUUAUAAAUUUUAUGUCCCUAUGUUCAUUGAAGAACACAAUAA